GUUUCCUGGCAACAGGAACUCAAACCCGGGCCUGCAGGACCUGACAUAAUGGGACAUGGAUCGGACUGUGAGAAGCGCGAGAAAUCGGCUCGGAGAAUCCAGGCGUUCUGGAAAUCCUACCAGGACCGAAAGCUCUUCCACCUCCUGAUGAACACAGUCCGCUCAGCGGAACAGUGUGUAAGUCCUGCAGUUCUACGUCAGGUCAGUCCUCUGGAGGCGAGCCUGCUGACUGACCGCAGCCUGCAGUGUAAGGUCAGAUUCAGGUUCUCCGGGCCUCAGUUCCCGCCUGUCAUCGUGUUUAAGAUCUUCUACACAGGCCGAGGGCGGCGCUACCUGUCCGGGAAAAAACUCUUCAGGCCGUCCAACCAGGCCACUGCGGAUUCCUAUAAGGUGAUGGGGAACAGGAGGUUUAUGGAGCUGCUGAUGGAGGACGAGGUUCAGUGGCAUGGCCGAGAGAUCUCGGACCCCAUAGACAUCACCUGCAUGAGAGACUACGUACAGUACUCCAGCCACCUGGAUGAGUUACCUGCCUGCAUGGGGGGGAGAGAGAAUGGCUGGAGGUGCCUGAGUCUGCAGGUUCUGACCCGGGACAGAGAUACAGGCCCCAUGGUGGACAAACUCAAGAAGGAAGUGCUUUCAAGGCCAUCUAGACCCCUCAGGUCCCCUGCUGCCCCUCCGUCCUCUGCAGUGUCCAGUCGGCGGUCAGCCCGGGCUCAGGGCAUCUCCGCCCGCAGGAAACUCCUCUACACCCGCAGUGAGGAGCAGAGGGCUUUGGGUGAAGAACAGGAAGAGAAACAGACUCAUGGUGCAAUCAAUAUAAACAUCAAUGAGAUGAAUGAGGAAGCUGAUGAAGAGUUGAUUAAUCCUGACCCGUCGUCAUUGUUGGAGCUGGAUGAGGACUCUCAGUGGGAAGAAGAAGCUGAGAAACUGUGCUUCUGGACCAGUCAGCUUACACUGGACACCAUUGACCAGCUGGACUACAUCUGACCACUAAAACAUCAGACGUUAAAGCUCUAGCUGUUAUUAUGAGAAUUAAAGGCCAACAUUUGUUUCUCUCCACUUUGUUUCAGUUUGUCAUGAAAUUCAAACACUGUCUGCUGGUGUUUUUCAGCAAAGCUGGACCAAAAUCUUUUAAAAAUAUGACAUUGCAUAGACAACGAUGCUUUUUCAGGCCGAGAACAGGUUCAUACUUUUUAGGACUUGCCGAUCCCGAAUCUUGUUCUUGGGUGACUCUCACUAUAUCUUUGAACAGACCAUCGUGUUCAGACAAAGCUACGAUUUAUAAACUCACACUGUAUGAAACGCUCCAUCUGACUGAACUGCUAUGGGAAACGCAGCUUCUACAGACGCUCUGUCUACAGAUCGUUAUCAAUAAAGCUGAUUCACUCAGAA